AUGGCGAACAGUAAACGAGAUGUCCAUGUUGUAUUUCUUGGUCCCACGGGUUGUGGCAAGUCACGCCUGUGUAAUUUUCUGCUCGAAGAUGAUAAGGCUUUCAAGGUCAAUGCCAGCUUUCAAAGCGUCACGAAGGCAUUUAAGUUCAUUGAUACACAAGGUUUAGCUGAUACGACAAUGACAAAUGCUGAAGUUGUGAGCACUGUGGCGGCAGCUGUUAAACAAGAUAUUCAAUAUGUUAAUUAUUUCGUUAUUAUCCUAAGAGCUGGCCGAUUAACAGACGAAAAUCGUAAUGCAUUAGAGGAUAUUAUCAAGGCAUUUAAAUUGAGUGAUGAUGAAAGAAAAAAACAUGCUUUUUUAUUACUAUCACAUUGCGAAUGUUCGAAUCAGCAACUUCGAGAUCAAUAUGAAAAAGAAUGUUUAGCCGAUCGUACGCUCAAAAAGUUAUUGAUAGUUAGAAGUAAUAGGGCAAUCAAUUUUCAAUGUAUCGGAUUACCACAACCAUCUGAAGUAAAUGAAUGGAUGUAUGAAGGUAUUAUGAAAUGGAUGAAUGUUCAACGAAAGGGUCUUCUUGAGUAUUUAUCAAAACCUAUAGAAGGUAUUCGACCUACAAACGAUGGCUUUUUUGAAAACAUAUGUACUAUUUUAUGA